UUUGAAACAAACGAACCACCAUUUUAAAAAAAAUGAAACAUUUUUAAAUUCAUCUGUGUUUCUGUUGUUGUCAAUAAAAAGGUAUCUUUGGAAACGAACAAAAUUUAUCGAUUUUUUUCUUCUUGAAACAAUGGUCCAUUAUUGGUGAGUUUAUUUUUGUUUUGGCGAAGAAACAAAUCAAUCAGUGAAUCAAUGGGUAAUAUAGUGAUUCGAAUGUUGAUGACAAAGUUGGCUGAACAUUAUAGUUCGAAAAAGACUGAACGUUUUCUUGUAAUAUUCGGAAUAUUUUAUCUAUUAUUUGGUAUUGUGUUUUAUUUUGGUUUCAAUGAAAUUGUUUUCAAUCCAUGGCUAGAAUGGUUCAUGAAAUUGAAACCAAGUGGUGGUAUGAUUAUGAAUAUUUGGCAACAAUCAGAUUCCAUCAUAAAUGUAUGGUUGUUUUCCAUUGAGAAUGGACCGAAAUUUUUAACCGGUAAACAAACAAUUCGCUUGAAUGAAAUUGGACCAUUCUGUUUUCAUUCUAAACAUCAACGUAUUAUAAUUGAUUGGCCAUCCAAUUAUCAAUUGAUUCGUUUCAAUGAAAGUUUUCAUUAUGAAUUUGUUCAAGAAAAUAGUAUUGGUCCAUUAUCGAUGAUGAUCAAAACAAUUAAUCUUCCAUUAUUGACAAUAUUAGGCAAUUCACAUAACAAUAAUUCAUUAUUGAUGGAUCAAAAUCUAACCAAAAGGAUCGAGGAUGAAUUGAUUAUUGAAAAAAGUGUUGGCCAAAUUUUGGGCAUUGACAAUCACCAAAAUAUCACCGAUGAUGAUGACGGUGGUGGUGGUUUCAGUUUUUUCGAUCACAAUAAACAAUAUGGACCAAUUGAAUUGUAUACAGGCCAACGAUAUGCUAGAAAAUUGAAUCAAUAUUAUAGUUUAUUUUUCGGUCCAAAACAAUAUGAUAAUUUGUUUGUGAAUAUUUUCGAUCCACGUUAUGCAUGUCGAUCAUUUCGUUUUCUGUUCGAUUCUAAUGACCAAUUUGACUGGAUUCAAACACAAUAUUAUCGUUGGGAUUCGAAACAAUUUUCUCUUGAAUAUUAUCCAGAUAAUUGGUGUUAUUGUCCCGAUAAUAUUGAUAAUGAUGAUGACGAUUGUGAAGGACGAUUCUAUUUGAAUCGAUGUUAUCGUCAAUCUGAUCAACAACAACAACAAUGGUUAGUCAUAACAAAUGUGCAUUUUUUACAUACCAAAAAUCUUGCACGUAUGGUACGUGGAUUACGACCCGAUUUACUUCGACAUUCCUCGUAUUUACAAAUGGAACCAACAUUUGGUGUUACAGUUGAUUCAAGAUUUCGUUUACAAUAUAAUUUCAAUCUAAUGCAGCCAUUCUAUCAAAAUUUACAUCCCAAUGUUCCACAUAAACCAACUGUCAUACCAUUCUUAUGGAUUGAAGAGGUUUAUACCGUGAAUGGUUACUUGAAAAUGCUUCUUCAAUUUUGUUCAAUAUUUUUCAUAAUCAUAUCACAUUUCUAUACAUUUAUAGCAGCAUUUGGUGUCUGUUUGAUCAUGAUUGGUGUUGUGCGGUGGUUAAAAAAAUUGAUUAAAAAUCGUAUGGCUGUUAAUGAUGAUGAUGAUAAUAAAGAUAAAUCUUGAAAUGAAUCUGUUUUCUUAGAUUUGUUGUUGAAUUUUUCCAACGAUAGAUGGCCAUAUGCUCAAUGUUUCGAAUGUUGAAAAAAGCCUGCAGGUGCUGUGUGCAUCAGGUGAGAGU